CCCCUUUGUUGGCUCAGUAGCGGUAGCAGAGGCGGUGGAGGUGGCGCUGGGGACUGUUUUCUCUCCAGGCCGGAGCGGAGCCGUGUCUGACUGAGGCGGGCAGCAAGCGGCCCCCUCGCUCCCUCCCUCCCUCCUCCGCGCCCUCCCCGCCGCCACCAGCCGCCAACCGCCAACCGCUGCAGCCGGGGAGGAGCCGCGGCCCUCGGGGCCGGAGCCAGGCCUGCGUCCGGACAUCACCCGGAGCCGGAGCGAGAGCCGGGGCCUCAGCGUCCCCGCCCUCUCCCCGUCUCGGCCAGCGUCCGCCAGGCCCCUGCACGUCGCGCCAUGGACUCGGACGAGGGCUACAACUACGAGUUCGACGAGGACGAGGAGUGCAGUGAGGAGGACAGCGGCGCCGAGGAGGAAGAGGACGAGGACGAGGACGAGCCGGACGAUGAUAACCUGGAUCUGGGCGAGGUGGAGCUGGUGGAGCCCGGGUUGGGCGUCGGCGGGGAGCGGGACGGACUGCUGUGCGGGGAGACGGGCGGCGGCGGCGGCGGCAGCGCUCUGGGGCCGGGCGGCGGCGGCGGAGGCGGUGGUGGUGGUGGCGGCGGCGGGCCGGGGCACGAUCAAGAGGAAGAUUACCGCUAUGAAGUGCUCACGGCCGAGCAGAUUCUACAACACAUGGUGGAAUGUAUCCGGGAGGUCAACGAGGUCAUCCAGAAUCCAGCAACUAUCACAAGAAUACUCCUUAGCCACUUCAAUUGGGAUAAAGAGAAGCUAAUGGAAAGGUACUUUGAUGGAAACCUGGAGAAGCUCUUUGCUGAGUGUCAUGUAAUUAAUCCAAGUAAAAAGUCUCGAACACGCCAGAUGAAUACAAGGUCAUCAGCACAGGAUAUGCCUUGUCAGAUCUGCUACUUGAACUACCCUAACUCGUAUUUCACUGGCCUUGAAUGUGGACAUAAGUUUUGUAUGCAGUGCUGGAGCGAGUAUUUAACUACCAAAAUAAUGGAGGAAGGCAUGGGACAGACUAUUUCGUGUCCUGCUCAUGGUUGUGAUAUCUUAGUGGAUGACAACACAGUUAUGCGCCUGAUCACAGACUCAAAAGUUAAAUUAAAGUAUCAGCAUUUAAUAACAAAUAGCUUUGUAGAGUGCAAUCGACUGUUAAAGUGGUGUCCUGCCCCAGAUUGCCACCAUGUUGUUAAAGUCCAGUACCCUGAUGCUAAGCCUGUUCGCUGCAAAUGUGGGCGCCAGUUUUGCUUUAACUGUGGAGAAAAUUGGCAUGAUCCUGUUAAAUGUAAGUGGUUAAAGAAGUGGAUUAAAAAGUGUGAUGAUGACAGUGAGACCUCCAACUGGAUUGCAGCCAAUACAAAGGAAUGUCCCAAAUGCCAUGUUACAAUUGAGAAGGAUGGCGGUUGUAAUCACAUGGUCUGUCGUAACCAGAACUGUAAAGCAGAGUUUUGCUGGGUGUGUCUUGGCCCUUGGGAACCACAUGGAUCUGCCUGGUACAACUGUAACCGCUAUAAUGAGGAUGAUGCAAAGGCAGCAAGAGAUGCGCAGGAGCGAUCUAGGGCAGCCCUGCAGAGGUACCUGUUCUACUGUAAUCGCUAUAUGAACCACAUGCAGAGUCUACGCUUUGAGCACAAGUUAUAUGCUCAGGUGAAGCAGAAAAUGGAGGAGAUGCAACAGCACAACAUGUCCUGGAUUGAGGUGCAGUUCCUGAAGAAAGCAGUUGAUGUCCUCUGCCAGUGUCGUGCCACACUCAUGUACACUUAUGUCUUCGCUUUCUACCUCAAAAAGAAUAACCAGUCCAUUAUCUUUGAGAACAACCAAGCAGAUCUAGAGAAUGCCACAGAGGUACUUUCAGGCUACCUUGAACGAGAUAUUUCCCAAGAUUCUCUGCAGGAUAUAAAGCAGAAAGUACAAGAUAAGUACAGAUACUGUGAGAGUCGACGAAGGGUUUUGUUACAGCAUGUGCAUGAAGGCUAUGAAAAAGAUCUGUGGGAGUACAUUGAGGACUGAGAAUGGCCCUGCAUAAAAUGAACUCUGAAAACUUUACCAUCUAGAGUGCUCAUGCAAUUAAAACAAACAAAACAAACACAAACAAGGAGGCACUAAGCCUAUUCUGACACCACUGGUCUGUAGUACCAGAAUUCUGUUUGUUAACGGAAAGUUUAAGUAAAUUAUAUUGUAAUAAAAAAGGUAGAUAAACCAUUGUACAACAGUAUUCUAGGCCGCCAACAAAAGUGUGACAGACACACUAAAAGCCCUCCAACUUAACUUGUAACGUAGCUUCAUUCUCAAAGCUGACUUUUUUCUUUUUCUUUUUCCUUUUCCUGAGUGUAGUACAGUUAAAAUUUCAAAGUUCCUUGACACUGCUUUUCAUGUCCAAACGAGCCAUUUUGUUGUACUUUGGUAAAGGACCUCUUCCCCUUCCUCCCCUACACAUACAAACACACCCACACACACAGACUGACUCUUUCUCUCAUACCCCAGUGUCAUGAAUGAAUGAAGAUUAGUUUCUUGUAAAGAAAAUUCUUGGGACUGGGAAGGGGGUAGGCAGCAAGAGGAUUAAACAAACAAACCAACAAAAAACAAAAAAACUUUGUAUAUGACUUUUAAAACAAAAGGACAACACAGUAUUUUUCAAAAUUGUAUAUAGCGCAUAUGCAUGGACAAAGCAAGCGUGGCACGUGUUUGCAUAAUGUUUAAUUACAAAAAAAUAUUUAUUCUUUAAAAAUCUUCAAGAUUAUGUCUAUUUGCUGUGCAUUUUCUUUCAGUUUGCUUUAUCUUUCCAGGGUUGGGGUUGGGAUAAAAGGUGUGUUGGUUUAGCACCUCUGGAAGACCUAACUAGAGCUCUUUGAUUUCCCUUUCCUGGGGUUACUUUGCCCUUUAUGGUUUUGAUAUGUCUGCUGCUGGCCAUGGGCCACACACCUAGAAUUCCCAGCUCUUGAUCAGGGACAAGGAGGUCAAGCUCUCACUAAAUGCUGUGGCCUGAUAAGGGCUGCAACAGGGAAUUUUGUUGCUGCAGUUCAUAAAUGAUCCUGUCCUCAACCUAGUUCCCCUCCAUGGCCUCAUGCCUCUACCCAAGCCCUUGUGUGCCCAUGUCAUGUACACAGCUGUGGACUUCCUAGGCUCCCUAUCACAUCCAGAGGAAGCAUUUCAAAAUCUCCUUUUCUGUUUUUGUUUUCCCUUAAUUGCUGCUUUGAGCCUUUUAAGAUUUUAGUUAUGGCUCGUCUCUCUCACCCCUUCUCUACAUUAGGGUGUCAGAUAGAAUGUUUUUGCUUUAAACAUAAAUAAAUAGCCAUUCACUUAGUCUCAGAUUGUGAACUUAAAAUGGUGGAUACUGAAAUUGCUUGUAUGUGUUGCUGUGGGUUCAGUUUGAAGGAGAACACCCCUAGAAAAUGAUAUUCCCAUCUAGUGCAUUUAAGUGGAAAUCACUGAGUUUGCUUCUUUUCUGUUGUCAGCAGAUAGGAGAAUUAAUAAUGCAUUUUAGCUGUAAUGUCAGUUUUUAUGAAAUUUCUACUAAGAGCUAUGUUAAAAGUAAAGGAUGGUGGUGGUUUUAUUAACUGUAUACCUGUUUAGGCCCUUCUGGCUGUGGUGUUUUUCAACAGAUCAGCAUCCCUAAAUCUGUCAGUUUUAUACAGGAGUGCAGAGUAAACUAGGCAACUAGAUUAAGAGGUCUAAAUAUUAAAUAACAGUUUUGGCUGAGGACCUCUUUGUCUUCCUUUAAUGUCUUGUGCCUAGGGAGUGUUUACCAUUUGUGAGGCAGCUUUGUCUGCUCUUGCGUUGUACAUCUUAUUACUCCAUUGGGAAGUAGGUUCACUUUCCUCUGGCCUUUUGCCUAAGUUAGGCUUUGCUGAAUCAACCCUACUUUUCCUUUUAGAAAAGGUUGUUACAUGAGAUGUACUUGCAACUAUUCUUUUCCCAUCAAAAAAUCAGUGAAUGUUUGCUGAGUAUAUUAUGCUGCUUCCUUAAGCCACUUGUCGCUUUAGGAUCAACUUUACCUGUACCUUUUCUCCUUCCCUCACUUGCCACCUCAGGUGCAGAUCUGAACUCAGUGUCUGCUUCCGUAUUCUCUUCUCCUCCCCUUUUCCCAUCAUCCAUUUGACUUUAUUUUACUUUAAAUGACUGCAUCAAUCUUAAAAGACAUUUAUCGAAACUAAGGAGAUUUUUUUUAGAAAGCUUGAGUAAGUUCCUUUCCCUGGUAACUUUGAAAAGCAGCCAGAGUUGCUAUAUAGAUGUAUGUGGCUCCCUUAAAAUGCUUUGUAUAUGUGUGGUGUUUUUAAAAAAUCUUACCAGUUAACUUUGCUGUAUCUAGGUUUGGGUGUCAUAAAUCCUCUUUAUAUGCUCCCCUUCAACAGGUAUCCAGAAACAGUGUGUGCACUUCAUAAUAUCAGCCCCCACCCGUUGAGGAACAGUGCUUUUUAGAGAUGCUUUCUGGUUGCAGUAUUGGCCUACUGCCUGUGAGGGUAUUGCAGUUGUGGGUGCAUUCCUUAAUUUGUAUGGAUCAAGAUGAACUGGCCUUUUCUACUUCCAAGCUUUUAACAGCUAUCACCAUAUUUGACAGAAUUCCCACAGUUAAUUGCUUUCAUUGUUAGUAGCUUGAGUGCCCCCAGCUGGUAUAGGCAAGCCAUUUUCUAUGACAGUUUUCCUAUUUCACCCUAGUCUUUCUAUCAGAGGGCUCUAUUCACAGUAAGCACCAGGGUCUCCCUGACUUCUUGAGGUUGGUUACAUUGUCUUUUGAAAAUUGCAUGUUUCAUUUGAACAAUUCUUUGAGCAGCAGAUGGACUUCCAAUGAUUUACAAUAAAAUUUUGAUCCAAAGCUCAGGACACAAACUGCAGUGGUAAAAUUGAGUAGCAUAUAAUAUCAUCAGACUCUAAAUUCUAUGUAAUUUGCUGCAACCCAGAUUGUAUGUGUUUUAUGUGUGUUUAAAUAAAUAUAUUAAAUACACAUGUGUAUACAUACACACAUGUAUGACAGAGCCAAGACUGCCUGACUUGAUUUGAAAUGGUUGAAUCUGCAGUGUAAUAUGUGGUUCAGCCAUGAUUAGGAACUGAAAUUUAGUACAAGAGCGAAAAGGACUUAAUGUAACAAAUUCUUUUAGCUACAAAUCCUGGUAUAGAGCACUUGGGGGAUGGGAUGGGGCGGGUUGGUGAGACAAUCAGAUCGAUAAAUUGAUUAAAUGCUCCUAACCCUGUAAUUUUGUGCAUAGAGCACCCUGUGCUGUGGAAAUAACUGUUCUUAGAUUUUCAUUGUAACUGGACUGUUCAGGUUGCCCAGAGGGAAAGAACAUUCCUAAUUCUAAUAAAAUAAACUUUUAUUUUGUUAUUCCA